AGGAAGAAGGAAAGCCCAGUGUGGUAGGUUGGAGAAUGGCCUUACCAAACCGCUCCUCCUUCUCGAUCGCCCCCACCAACCAUUAAAUCCCAUUUCCCACAGCUUGGUCGCAGGAUAGGCUUCCUCUAUUAUCUCAACUCUAAUCUCUUCUUCUUCUCUUCUUCUUCUUCUUCUUCUUCUUCUGCUUCUUCUUCGCAUUGAAUUGGAGUCCAAUUUAGGGCACAAUUUCCGUCCAGUCGUUGUGCUCCAUGUCGACCAUGGCGGUUGCCUUGCUGUCCACCAACCCUAGCGCCACGCCAAACCGCAGAUCUGCACUCCUUUUGCUUCCUCGACGCCUUACCCCCGCAGCGGGAUUCAUCCAUCGCGCCGCUGCGUCCGCCUCCUUCCCCGGCGCCAGGCGUGCCGAUUGGCAAGCCUCCUUCUCCAUCUUAUCGAGCCAGGCCGCCGCUGCCGGAGGCGGAGCCGCCUUGCCAGGCUCCUCCUCCGAGAAGUCCACUAAUGAUUCGGGAGAUCUCUCCGCCGCCGAGCCUGAGCACGGCGACUCCGCUAAACGGUCCGUCCCUGAGCCCCCCGUCAACGGCACGAUGGCAGGCGUGAAGUCGCUGGUGAGUUCCGCAGCUGCAGGCGGGGCGGAUCUGGCCCCGAUCCCCAACCUCCCGCGGCCGCUGAGCAUCGGGGACCUGUCCCCGGCCCCGAUGCACGGGUCGCGGCUCCGCGUCGCGUACCAGGGCGUCCCGGGGGCGUACAGCGAGGCUGCGGCCGGGAAGGCGUACCCUAACUGCGAGCCGAUCCCCUGCGACCAGUUCGAGGUGGCUUUCCAGGCGGUGGAGCUGUGGAUUGCGGACCGGGCGGUGCUGCCGGUUGAGAACUCGCUGGGGGGCAGCAUCCACCGCAACUACGAUCUCCUCCUCCGGCACCGUCUCCACAUCGUGGGCGAGGUGCAGCUGCCGGUGCACCACUGCCUGCUGGCGCUUCCGGGGGUGCGGAAGGAGUACCUGACCCGGGUGAUGAGCCACCCGCAGGCGCUGGCCCAGUGCGAGCUCACCCUCACCCGUCUCGGCCUCAACGUCACGCGCGAGUCCUUCGACGACACGGCCGGCGCCGCCGAGUACAUCGCCAACAACGGCCUGCGCGACACGGCGGCCAUCGCUUCGGCGCGGGCGGCGGAGCUGUACGGGCUGCAGGUGCUGGCGGACGGGAUCCAGGACGACAGCGGCAACGUGACGCGGUUCGUGAUGCUGGCGCGGGAGCCCAUCAUCCCCCGCACCGAUCGCCCCUUCAAGACCAGCAUCGUCUUCGCCCACGACCGCGAGGGCACCUCCGUCCUCUUCAAGGUCCUCUCAGCCUUCGCCUUCCGCGACAUCAGCCUCACCAAGAUCGAGAGCCGCCCCCACCGUCACCGCCCCAUCCGCCUCGUCGACGACGCCAACGUCGGCACCGCCAAGCACUUCGAGUACAUGUUCCACGUCGAUUUCCAGGCGUCGAUGGCGGAGACCCGCGCCCAGAACGCACUGGCCGAGAUCCAGGAGUUCACCUCCUUCCUCCGCGUCCUCGGCAGCUACCCCAUGGACAUGACUCCUUGGUCUACUUCGACGCCGCCGCCGCCACCCCCUUCUGCUCCCUCAUCGUGAGCGAUCUACCAAUAUCAAUCCUGUCCGUUGCUGGUGUGUUCGGCAAUUUUAAUAUUCAUAGUUUGAUGUGGUUAUUGGAACAAAGGUAAUACUGUUCAUCGGGCGUACUCACAGUCCAUCUCUGAAUAAAUUAGGUAAAGAGAAAUAAAUUAUGAGAUGAAUUUAUAAGUCGAUUCUCAAAUAAUUAGAGAAAUUAAACUCUAUUCUAUGUAAUUAAAUUUAUCAUUCUCUAAUUAAUUAGACACGGUGUGAAAAUAUAA